UACAUUAAGUAAACCACUUACGUAGCGAAAACCUAGAAUAUGUUCCUCAAGCUAUUCAUUCUCGCCAUCGCCGUUCUGCACGUGCACGCUUUGGUCGAGCUUCGUGAUCCACAUGAAGAACAUGGCCCCGUCGCUUAUGAGUUCCAAUAUGCUGUGCACGAUCCACACACUGGUGAUAUAAAAUCGCAGAAGGAGUCACGCAAGGACGAUCGUGUUGAAGGCGUUUACGAACUGAUCGAUUCCGAUGGCCAUCAUCGUGUCGUCCACUACAAAGCCGACGAUCAUAGCGGCUUCGAAGCUGUUGUUUCACGUGAACCGACCAAUAUCAAAAUUCCAGUUCCCGAAGUGCAUCACAAGUUAGUUGCUACCAAAAUUUUGGCACCAGCUUUGCUGCAUCAUUAGAACGCCGAAAAACCCGCAUUGAAACCACCAUAUCAUAAAUAUUCUAGAAAUACUCGAUACGACGGUCUUGUGUGAAAGUCGAAGCUUCGUGGCGUC